UUUCCUUUUCGGCCGGCGACCGGCGAUUUUCGCCGCCUGCGAACGGCUCCGUCGCCGGCAACUAAAAGCAUCCUUGCUGGUAAAUAAUUUAAAAUAUUUUAGAUAAAGAAUAAACGCUUUGUAUGUUGUCUGACAAUGACGUGCAAGAAACGGAAAUCGAUGAGGAGUACAUAUUUCCUCCGAAGAAACUCGCGAAAACGAAGAGGAAUUUUUACGCGUGUACUGGUACGUGACGUUCAUUAAUGCAAGUUUGCGUUGUCAAGUCACGCAUCACUGGCAUCCCUUCAAGUGCAACAUCACAGUGUAGUUCUCGAACAUGAGCCAAAAGAGACAAUGUUCCAAACAGGCCGGGAUUCAGACAUUUUUCACCAAAAAACAACGGGUGUCAGAUGCAUCCACAUCUGCAGAUCUCACACAGUCUGAUGCACCACAAGCUGACUCUAAUGAUAGAUGUGCUCCGUUGCCUUACACAUCAGCAGAUAAUGUGGAAAAAGUUCCCUCAGUAGAAAAAAGUCCAUCUGCUGUGCCUGUAACAAACGUAAGCAAAAAACCAUUGGAUAAUCAAUCUAAAAUGCCUACACAAGAGAUGUUGGAAGACCUUUUUCCUGGAGAGAAAUCAAGAAUUCAUCACCACGAUAUCUGUGAUGCGGGUUGUACCUUCAGUAGAGAAGAGAUUUCCAGGCAGCUAGAAGCAAACAAGGGCAAGAAGAAAGAAAAGCUGUUUAAUCACGCAUGGCUAUGCAAAGCUGACAUUGCCUACUGUGCAGCAAGCGGAUACUGGUGGCCUGUGUUUGUAGAAGGUGAAGGGGUGUAUUGUAUCCUGUGCAAGAAGCACAAUGUCCACUCUACACAAAAUAAGCAAGAGAAAUUCUCUGCAGAGCCCUCAGUGAGGUUCAAGUCCUCGGCAUUGGUGGGGCAUCUCAACAGUAGAACACACAAUGAAGUUAUCCAACUUGAACACACACAGAGGGGAAGUAUUUUCCAGAGAGAAGUCAGCAACAGAAAAGCUGCGGAGGCAAAAACAAUUGAAUGCGUCAUGCGUAAUCUAUAUUUCCUGAUGAAAGAGGAGAUAUCGAAUAGGAAAGCAGCCCAUCUAAAUGAGCUUGUAGCGUUGCAAGGGGGUGAAGAGAUCAAGUACUUCCAACACAGAAGUCAACGAGUGCAAAAAGAAAUGAUGCUAGCAUUGGGAGAUGCGGUUUGUAACUCCUUUUUGCCAGAUGCUCAGGCCGCCAGAUGUUUUGGACUGCUCAUAGACGACCUUACAGAUAUUGCUGUUCAAGAGCAGAUGAUCUGCUUCAUCCAGUAUGUAGAUAAGAAAGCCUCUAAACACACCAAGUUCCUUUUUACAACUAACCUUUUGAGUGGCGAAAGCUCUAGUGCGAAUUCUCCGACCAUAAAGGCAGCUGUGCUUCAAGGUUUGGAAAAUAAAUCCCUAGACACCAGAAAAUCGAUGUUUGAAGCCGACCCCUGA